AAUAAAUGGAAUUUUGGGGUCGGCAGCUGUUUGGACUAGUGGAGGCUGGGUUGAUGGAUAUCGAGAGACUUCCCACCCAACAAGUCGCUCCCAAACUUCCUCUUUUAUGAUAGAUGACCAUGAUAGUGCUAACGAGCAUGCUAGAUGGCCAAGAUCGAAGAGGCCAAGAUCGAAGAGGCCUAAGAUUGAAGAGGCCAAGAUCGAAGUGGCCAAGAUCGAAGAGGCCAAGAUUGAAGAGGCCAAGAUUGAAGAGGCCAAGAUCGAAGAGGCCAAGAUCGAAGAGGCCAAGAUCGAAGAGGCCAAGAUCGAAGAGGCCAAGAUCGAAGUGGCCAAGAUCGAAGUGGCCAAGAUCGAAGUGGCCAAGAUCGAAGUGGCCAAGAUCGAAGAGGCCAAGAUCGAAGAGGCCCAAGAUCGAAGAGGCCCAAGAUCGAAGAGGCCAAGAUCGAAGAGGCCAAGAUCGAAGAGGCCAAGAUCGAAGAGGCCAAGAUUGAAGAGGCCAAGAUCGAAGAGGCCCAAGAUUGAAGAGGCCCAAGAUUGA